AUUUUAAGAGCAACGUGCUUAUUCAGACAACUGCAGCAAAUUUAAAUGAAUGCUGCACAUGGCUUCUUCAUUUUUCUGAUAAAAAGAAUUUCAUUAUCAUGUGUAGAUAUCCAAUUAAUUUUCCAAUCGGCUUGAAAAACAUCCUUCCCCUCCAAUUUCUAUCCACAAACAGCAAGCUAAAUCUCUCACUGAAAUUGUUACCUUCUUGCAGGAUUUUCUUGAUGCUUAUAUUUCCCCAGUUGUCGAUCACCAUGAAGCGGUACCAUUGGAGCGUCGCAUUGCUGAUGCAGUUUAUGCAGCUGAGGAUGUCAUCGAAUCCCAAAUUGUGCUUCAAAUUCAUAACCGAUCCAAAAUUCCUGGGAAGAUGUCCAAUUUUAUAACCUUGCUUCGAGCUCUGUGCAAAUGCGCAACUGUUGAGGAGGACUUGUAUCACGAUCUACAACAAGUGAUAGAAGAAAUGAAUUUGAUCAUGAAGGAAGCCAUGGAGAUUACAGCCGCAGCUCAACUGCAGAGAAAGGUCUCCUCAACUCAUGCUGCCUCCCCUUCCCCUGUGAAGGACAGCAUAAUGGUGGGCUUCGACAAGGUGGUACUUGAAGUGCUGGAUAAGCUCACCGGAGUUCAAGGCAGUCGCCAAAUCAUCCCAAUUAUGGGGAUGGGCGGCAUUGGUAAGACCACUCUUGCCCGACAUGUAUUUCAGCAUGCGCUUGUUAAAGAGCAUUUUGAUAUUUGUGCUUGGACUACAAUUUCUCAAACUUAUAAUGUUAGAGAAACAAUUAGAGAGGUUCUUUUUCAAGCAAGUGGGGAUCCGGAUUGUGAUCUGGGUGAGAACCAAUUGGGGCAAAAAUCACUAAUCAGUGAGGACGAAUUGGGAUUAAAACUACACAAAUAUUUAUGGGGUAGGAGGUAUCUCAUAAUUAUGGAUGAUAUGUGGAGUAUAGAGGUGUGGGACAAGAUCAGGUCUUUCUUUCCUGAUUGCAAUGAUGGGAGUCGAAUAAUAGUAACAACUAGGCUGUCAAACUUGACUUCGCAGUUGGGUGAGUCUUAUGGCGUUGGUAUGAAAUUUCUAGAUGAGGCUAGUAGUUGGGAUUUGUUCUGUAAGACUGUGUUUGGGGGAAAAAGUUUCCCUCAUGAGUUGGAGGAUAUUGGAAAGAAUAUUGUAGCAAAUUGUAAAGGCCUUCCUUUAUCAAUUGCUACAAUUGGAGGUCUUUUGGCAAAAUCUAAGCGCACUAGAGAAUAUUGGGUGCAUAUAGAGAAAAAUAUAAAUUCAAUUGUCAUUACGAAUAAGGAUGAAUUUUGCUUGAAAAUAUUGCGAAUGAGCUAUACCUAUCUGCCCAACUAUUUGAAGCCAUGCUUUUUGUAUAUGGGUGUGUAUAAGGAAGAUCGUUCAAUUCGUGCCUCAAUGCUGAAGAAGCUAUGGGUUUCUGAAGGAUUUUUAAAACCCGUGAGUGGAAAAUGUUGGGAAACAAUUGCAGAGGAGUGCUUGAAGGAGUUGGUAGAUAGAAAUCUGAUUUUAGUUGAUAAGUUGGGGUUUAGUGGAAAUGUAAAGUUUUGUAAGAUUCAUGAUUUGUUGAGGGACGUGUGCUUGAAAGAAGUUGAAAAUGAGAGGUUUUAUCAUAUCAUAGAAAAGUCUCAUUCAGUCAUAGAUAACAAACGUCGUCGGGUUGUUUUUCAAAAUGCUGGAUAUAGGGUAAUAAGUGAGGUCUUAGGAUCUUUGUCACAUGCUCGUUCUAUAAUAUGUGAUGACGGCGUAAAUUACUUUGUAAGCCCUCACAAUUUUAGAUUGUCGAGAAUAUUCAAAUCAUAUGAUAGAGAUUCACAUCAACCAAGGUUUCCUUGGGGAGGCAGUGUUCAUUUCCUAGGCGAUGUUUUCCAAUUGGUGAAUUCAUGGCACCUUGCUGUUAGACUUCAUCGGAACUCCGAAUUCCCGUCUUCUAUCAAUUUGCUUUGGAAUCUAUCUACGUUAAUAGUUCAUCGGUCUACAUUCCAGAAGUUUUUCGAUGUAAAUAAUUGGCUUGAACUCGUUGCACCGAUUGAGAUAUGGAAAUUGCAUCAACUUAGGCAUAUCGAGUUUGUGGAAGCAGGAUUGAUUCUCCCAGAUCCUCCGAGUGAUGAUAUCGUUAUCAUGGAGAAUCUAGAAACGCUGAGAGGAGCAGAGAAUUUGUAUUUGAAUGAGGAGGUGGUUCAAAGAAUUCCCAAUCUCAAGAAAUUGCAUCUAAGUUACAAUUCCAAAGAAAUGGAGAGUUUGAGUGAAUUGAAAGAAAUGGAGAGAGCAAACUGUUUGAGCUAUCUUGAGUGUCUGAGUAAAUUGGAAAACUUCUACUGCAUCUUCUAUGAUGGAUGUGACUUGUAUUUGCAGAGGAUUAGUUUCCCACACUCCCUCAAGAAGUUGAACUUAUCUCUCAAUUCCUCUACUGAUCAUCUGGAUUUGGUAGAGAUAUUGCAAAAGAUAGGGUGGUUGCCCCUUCUUCACAAGUUAGUAUUAUAUGGUGGUAGGUUCCAAACAGGCAAGUGGGACACUAUCGAGGGCCAAUUCCGGAGCCUCAAGCUACUACAAUUGGAAAGGUGUUACGGUCUAAAAAAUUGGACGAUGACAGAGAGCUCCCACUUUCCAGUUCUCCAGGAGCUUCGUCUUCGAGGUUUGGUGCAAUUGGAGGAGAUCCCUUCCGAAGUUGGAGAAAUAGCAACGCUGAAAUCAGUUUAUUUGGAUAAUUGCAGUGAAUCAGCAGUAGUGUCAGCUAAAAAGAUAGUAGAAGAACAAGAGGAUUUAUAUGGAGACCAACUUGACCUUCAUGUUCGAGUUCUACUUCGAAAAGGAGACGAGAGACUGCUGAGCAUGGCAAGUCCUAACUUUGAAGUUCGAGUGAAAAAGUUAAUAGAAUAUGCAUCCAACAGCCAACAGCUAUGAUUGUUAGUUACAAGUUCAGACUUUUUGUUUUGUAGGCUUAUAAAACUUUGAGCUUUUUGUUUUGUAAGCUUAGUUUCUCUUCCUUAUGUGCUUAAACAUUCUUACAUUAUUAGAUCAUUAAUUGUUGUUGUUACUCA